UUAUAUGACCGAGGAAACCUCUGCUUUCUGUCCGCGGGAGCACAGAUCUGUACGGGAACGAAGACAGGAGUCGACCGGUGAACGAAGUGACUGGCUGUCGGAGUCCCUCCAUAGACAGAGAGAGCUUUGUAAAUGGGGAAAGAGAAGAAUAAUUUCUGAACAUUUUUCGGGUUUUCACCGCACAGAAAAACCGGCUCGUGGAAAAUAUAUCAACUGAAAAGUUUACGUCUCUUUUUGCAACAUCUGGCGCUCUCCUGGGUUUCUUUAACUAGCUGAGGGCAAGAGAAGCAAAAAUACUUGACAAUCGUUCACUCCAACUUCACAACAGUAAGGUUGCUAUGGUGAACAGCAGGGUGGAAGCGCCCACAGUGGCAGUGAUGGGCAGUGGCGGGGGGACAGCGGGCAGGUCGUGUGCAGGAUGUGGAGGUCGGAUUGCAGACCGCUUCCUGCUCUUCUCUAUGGAACAGUACUGGCACACGCGCUGCCUCAAAUGCUCCUGCUGCCACGCUCAGCUGGGCGAGUACAGCAGCACCUGCUACAGCAAAGGAGGCAUGAUCCUCUGCAAGAACGAUUACAUCAGGCUGUUUGGACACAGUGGAGCCUGCAGUGCUUGUGGACAGUCUAUCCCUGCUAGUGAGAUGGUGAUGCGAGCACAAGGCAACGUUUACCACCUUAAGUGUUUCACCUGUGCGACCUGUAGGAACCGCCUGGUCCCUGGCGAUCGCUUUCACUACAUCAAUGGGACAAUCUUCUGCGAACAUGACCGGCCAGGAGGAGGCCUGCUCAGCGGACACCCAACACCACUGCAGACCAACAGCAUGAUGUCUGAUCAGAAGGUCUGCUGAGGAAGAGGAUGGAAAACCAAAUGUGUGCCUUCUCCCCCACCUUCCUCCUCUGUCUCUUCUUUACGCUCCUCCUCAACCUGUAAAUCUGCCAUUGGUUGAUCUCCCUCCAUUCAGAUGGACUGUCACUCCACAAUCUGGAUUCAUUCACUCCUGCUACUGGUUUAGAUUUCAACUUGCCACAACAAACUGGCUUUUCUGAGAAAACCGUGAGGAGUGACAUGUGAACAAGUCCAAUGCUUUGUCGGAGGCAUGAGGACGCUGAGGAUGGCUGGGAUUUCUUUAUACAGCAGACGGCUGUCCAUUGUGAACUGUGGCAAUAUCACAGAUUAGAGUUGGCAUGGCUAAUGGGGGGAAAAUGGAAGACUGUCAUGGAAUUAUCCCAUUCCAGUGAUUCCAGUGGAAUCACCCAUUAGCUUUAUCCUGCCGUCCAGUUGCAGUGGGCGCUGAGUAAGGAGGGAACACUAACAGCAAUGUGACUCCUUCAGGAGGUGAAAAAAUAUUUCCAAAAUAAGAAACCACACAUACAACAAGACAACACACACAAUACUUUGACAAGUUUUUGGUUUGAGGAAAAAAACGUAUGAAUCUUCAGAGUUGUGAUUUCAGCUGCUUCUUCCACACUCUGAGAGACAACUGAACAAGUAAAAAAUCUAUAUUGAUACUUAAAAAUGUUUUCUCUGUGUAAUUCUCUGUGAACAUCUAAGUCUCCAGAUUGUUUUGUACCACAGUGGUUUGGGGAAAGUGAUAGUCGCCCUCAGUUGCUAACAUUCCUACUAAAGACAGAAGCAAUUCUGAGCACAGAAUUUUUGAACAAAAAUGUUAUCUUAGGCUUCAUUGCAGUAAUGAAACCAGUGUACCAGUGUUUUUGCAAUUAACUACAAACUGUGCAAAUUAUUAUUAUUAGAUGUCUGUCAGACAGCCAUUGUUAAUUCAGUACAUUUUAGACCAAUAUGAUCAACUUGCAGAGAACUGGAACUUGCAUACAGUAUGUAAUCCAUUUUAAUCAAUAAUUUGAUAUUAUUUUUUGCAUCAUUACAUUUUAAACCAACAUUAACACUUUAUGCUGGCACGAACAAGUUUGAAGGAAGACACAGUUGGUGUCUAAAAACGGAAUUUAUGCUUUGGAAAAUCAUAAUCAGUAUGUGUAUUUCAAUGUAAAGUCCACCACUUUGGUCUAGAGUCAAACAUGUCAACAACUAUUGGCUGGAUUGAAUGAAAUGAAAUUUGAUAGAUACAUUCAUGGUUCACAGGAUGAAUUGUAAUAACUUUGGUGGUCCUCUGACUUUUCCUCUAACACCAUCGUCAGGCCACAAUUUCAAUGUGUCCAUUACUUUGCAGUACAACCACAUACCUGCACAAUUAAUGACAUUCUCAUUAGCAUGCUAACAAGCUAAACUAAAAUGUUAACAUGCUAGACAUUACCUGCUAAACAUUAGCAUUUUAAAGGAAAACUACUCACCAAAUCAUUGCAGAGAACAUGGUCACAUCACAAAAAUAGGUCCAAUUUGGGCAACAAACACAAGCAGUCAGACAUUCAGACAAGUUGUAAACAAACCUCCAAGUUAGCCAAGGAGGAACUAUUUGUGCACUAACAUUCAGUUUUACCCCCAAAUAAAGUGGUUUAGAUAAUCUGGAAAAAAUGUUGGCUUGUUUACAUCCUGUAUGACUGCCAUCUUUCUUGCCCAGUAGGAACUAUUCUCAGCGUUGUCACUGUACUCGAGUUCUGAGUACAAUCCUGUCAUAACUGAUAUAUGAGAUGAUGUCCAGAGCUAUGAAAAUAACAUCCAAAUUUUAAACAAACCCAGUAGUUAUACCAUAACUUUAAAAUUUGGAGCAUGUUAGCAAGACAAACACAUUCAUAUUUACAUUUACUUCACCAUGACUGCUCGGUGUCAAAAACAAAAGCAACUGUAUCAAAAGUUACAUAACAUACGACACAUAACUUAACAUAAACGUUUUAUAUAACAUAACAUAAAGUUUUCUUUAUAACAAGCAUUACAGCCUCACAGAGCUAUUAGCAUGGCUUUAUGUUGAUAGCUAAUGUGCUAUUACAGGCAAAGCCGCUAGAAGUGGCAGCCAUGCCACUCAGAAUUGAUUAAGUCAGAAUUUAUUGAUUCAAAAUAUCUGUAUGACGAAAUGGACAAACUUUUACAGCAAUUUUUACAGUGAGGGUUCUACUUUGUAUUUCAUUCAUUAGAUUUUUAUAUUUCCUCAAAGGCCUGUGAUCCCAAUAACUAAGCUGCUCUGGAUUUAUAAUCAGUGGAGAUAGACUCCAUGAUUCUUGACUUUAGUAGGAACACAACUACAACAGGGCCAAGAAGAUCAACGCUCUCCUCCAUGUGUAUGCCAUUUCUUCACACUUAAUCAUGAUAUAACUUCUUUUCUUCAGGUGUUAAUGCUAGUUCCAGAGAUCAUGAAUACAUUUAGGGUUCAUACAGUGUUUGUAAUUGUGUGUGGAAAGAUUAUUGAACAAGAGAUUUAGCGGCAGUGAUGUUUACUGUACACUCUAAAUGUUUAUUGCAGUAAUGGUCAAGUUUUUGAGGUUUAAACUGAUCUACUCUGUAGUUUAUGAAAGAGUGAAGGAUGGGAUGACAUGUUAAAAGUGCACUAAUAUCCUGUUGUGUUGUGUGCUACAGUGUAUGAAUCAUCUUUUCUGUGUUGCCUUUUGUUUUUGUUUUUUUCAACCAAGUCAAGAGUUUUUAUUGCUCUAAACUAUGUAUGGGAAGAGAAUCAGUCCUCUCAGAAGAACUAAUAAUAAUUUAGCCAUUCAGCUGUGUGUCUUCUAUGUGAUGAGCGUGUGAUAGUGUGGGGGGAUGAUUUGGUUAAAGCUACAGUGAGUGUGUAGCAAAGAGUUGCAGAUAUCCACCGCAGACUGAGGAGUAAGUAAGAAACGCUUGCAGUUCUCAGACAAACAUGGCUGAUUACCCACAGGAAUGGGAUUUCAAAGGCCUGAGCCGAGGCCAUUACAGAAGCAAUUAAAGUGGGAUGCGCUGGAGGCCUGCAUGGGCUUUAGCUCCACUCCAGUGUUGCAGCCUAAUGAGGCCUAAUCUGGUGAGCUGGUCUAAUUAAAAGGGAGGGAGCGCUUUCCUGUGGGCACCAGGCAGGCAGCAGUUUGUGCUCUCCAUAGCUGUGUGAGGGGGGGGAAAAAGGAAAGUACAAGACAGAAUAUGCAUUGUUUUCAACCACAAAAACUUUCAUAUUCCUUCAUCUUCUGUCUGUUCAAAUUAAAAGAUUUAAAUUGACAUUUUUAA